AGUCCAUCAUGGAACACCCCAUCUUCGAAGGAGCACGACUCGUCACAUCAGCAGAUGGUACACGCAUCUAUACAGACGCUGCUGGAAAUCCGUCGAAACCAUCCAUCGUCUUCAUUCAUGGGUAUUCACUGAGCUCUAUUGUCUAUGACAACCUAUUCUCCAAUCCUAGCUGGAGGGAGAAACUGUUCCUUGUCAGGCUCGACAUGCGUGGCCAUGGUAAAAGUGACAAGCCAGAACAGGAGUCGGCUUGGACGCAGACAAAAUUUGCAGAAGAUUUCGACGCUGUUGUUCGAGCCUACCAACUCCGCAAACCAUUGGUUGCAGCAUGGAGCUGUGGAGGAGCCAUGGUCGCCGACAUUUUAGCGUUUCAUUCAUCAAUAUCUCUUGCCGGAAUAGUCUACAUCACACCAAUACCUUACCUCGGGUUUUUCCAACACAUCGCAACUGAUUAUGUGCUCGACGUAAUUCCUAAACUCACACAGAAAACGGACGUGAAUACCUUUCAGAUCGCUUCCCGUGAUUUUAUACAGGGUCUUGUCUCUCCUAAACACUAUCUCAAUCGCGUUGCAUUUCCCCAGCGCUUGCAGCAAGCUUGUCUUGGUGACGUAAUGUCCCAGCCUCGCACCUGCGCAGCGUACACUCUGCAGAGGUCGCAGGAUGAGUUCGGCUUAAUGCGAGCUGGAAGAGAAGGACUUCCCAUGCUUCUCAUCAAUGGUAAAGACGAUAUGUUAUUGAAAUCACAGCCUCUCUCGAAAUUGUUCGAGAAGUGGAAAAACAUGGAGGUGGUGAACAUGGAUACAGGACAUAUGCCAUGGUGGGAAGCUCCUCAGGCCUUCAACGAUGUUGUGCUGGGAUGGAUUGCGAAAGUUCUCGGCGGGGAAAUGAAACGCAUGCAGUUGGAAGCACACUUGUAAAAAUAUGUCCGAGCUUGUAAUGUACUUUACGCUUCUUGAUAUUUUGAUUGCUCACGAUUUUUCUCGU